AUGAUGUUUAUGCCACACACUCAUGUAUCUGAAUUGCCUUCUUUCACAUCAGUAGAAGGAGCUACAUCAGCUGCGGGUGCGCUAAUCUUUGCUUUGGUUGGACAUGCAGUGGUGUUAGCCUUGGAGAACAAGAUGCGAAAACCACAGGAUAUGUUGGGACCAUGUGGGGUCAUUUCAGGAGUAGUCGUUAUGCUCUCCAUUCUUUAUGCUGUGACGGGUUUCCUAGGCUAUGUUAGUUAUGGCGAGAGUUUAAGAGGCAGCAUCACACUUAAUUUGACUAACUGUUGGUGA